AGCAGAUUGAGUCACUUAAUGAGAAGUUGGAGAGGGUACGAGAAGCUUUAGUCAAUCAUCCAAAUUUGGAUCCUUAUGUGAAAAAACUUAUUGCAUGCAAGCACAAAGUUACUGUUGUUUUAAAUGUUUUACAAGCUUCACAGGACAGAUUAAAUGAAAUAAGACAAAUGAUCAAUAAGAAUAAAGCUGUUAUACAACCAGAACAAUCAGAGCCAGUCCAAAGUACUAGUACCAUAAUAUCAAGUCAAGGUAGCAUCAACUAAAAUGGAAACUCCACACCAAGAGCAUAUUAAUAAAGAUGAUUUUCAACAUGUUUAUCAACCAGCUGAGGACAGUUUUCUCCUUAUAGAUGCUUUGGAGAAAGAAUUAAACUUUUUAAAAACAUUUAAUCCCUUUUCAUGCCUCGAAAUAGGGUCUGGAAGUGGUGUUGUCAUAACAGCUCUGGGUAUGGCCUUACCUAAUUCCUUAUACUUUUGCACAGAUGUCAAUUUCAAAGCCUGCUUAAUGUCUAAAAGUACUGCUCUUCACAAUAGGGUUGGUCUUGAGUGUGUUAAUAUGAACCUAGCUAUGUGUUUUCUUAAUAAAAAGUUUGAUAUUGUUAUCUUCAAUCCCCCAUAUGUUGUGACUGGCUCGGAAGAGUGUAUGAGCAAUGGUAUUGAAGCAAGCUGGGCUGGAGGUAACAAAGGAAGGGAGGUGACAGAUAAAUUAUUGGAUUUAAUACCAAAGAUAUUAACAGACAAGGGCAUUUUCUACCUUCUGCUCAUUGAAGAAAACAUUCCAGAAGAAGUUAAACAAAUUAUGUUAAAUAAAGGCUAUAAAUCAAAACUAAUUAUAAAGAGACGGGUUAAAAAUGAGAACCAAUUAGUCCUUAAAUUUUAUAAAUAAGAAAUAAAUGUUUAUUUAUAAUAAAGACGUAACUAUA